AAAAAAAAAAAAAAAAAAAAAAAAAAAAGGUGACACAAGCAUGGCGAAGCCAAAAUCAUUCUUUUUGUUAAAGUAUCUUUUCUAUUUGAAAUGUCACAAGAAAUAAUCUCUAUUAUUUACUGGACAACUUGGUUUGGUGAAAAGCAAUGGGAAGGUUACAACAUAGACAAUUGUGGCUUACCUUACACUUGCCAGUUUACUCAUGACAGAGAUCGGGCAACAAACACAUCUGUUUAUGUGUUUCACGCAUCUGACUUGACAAAGAAAGACAUGCCUCCAGCAAGGCAUGACCGUGCUUGGGUCUACCAUAACGCAGAAGCGCCUAAAAACGACCAGGCGGAUUUGAUCAACCAAAUGCAAUACAGUAUGACUUAUCGCUUAGACUCUGAUUUUCCUUGGGGAUAUCUCGAGCAGAAACAGCUGCUGCCGUCCAUGACAACGCCCAUAGUCGCUGCUAAACCAAAAAGAAGGGCUUCAGUAGCAUGGAUUGUCUCCAACUGCAAAGCGUCAAACUAUCGACAUCAUUUUGUUCGAAAACUAGCACAGUACAUCGAUAUUGAUAUUUAUGGCCAUUGCAUGAACAACCAGCCAUUUCCUGACGAUACAAGCACUGUGGAACUCAUGUCUCAGUAUCACUUUUAUCUGUCUAUUGAAAAUUCAAAUUGCAAAGAUUAUGUGACAGAAAAACUAAGCAAUGCGUAUCUUGCAGGUACUGUGCCCAUUGUGGAUGGUCCAAGCGAUUAUGGACCUUUUAUACCCAACACACACUCUGUCAUCAGAAUUGACGAAUUUCCUAAUCCUAAAGCACUGGCAGAUCAUUUGCAUAAGGUAUUGAAUAACAAAUCACUUUAUGAUCAUUACUUGGAUUAUCGCAAGACAGGACUAUCAGAAAGAUUCAAGGCUACUCUUCAAGCCUUUGAACAAGGACGAUGCAACCUAUGCCAAUUAGCACAUCAAAGACAUCAAGACAUGGCAAACAAUUAUUAUCCAGGCAAAAAGAUAUACCUUGAUAAUACAUGCAUUGCCCAUAAACAUUAUCGACCCUAUUAUUCUGCUACUUGGAGAGCUUUUGUGCCUCUAUUUCUGCUAACGUGCUUAUUAGUCCUGUAUUUUUUUAGAAAGAAACUGAUGAGGUUUAUCAAUAAAAAGAUAUAGUGCUUCA